CUCAUGGCGUGCAGAAUAUUUUAUUAUUUUAAGAAGGCCCACUUGCUUAAGCUAUUCUCGAUUUUCCUUUUUUUCCGUCCAUUCUAUUAGCGACUGGGAGGAGAUGUUUUUGCGGCCGCAGCUCAUCUCUGCUACUCUCAGCACUGCUGAAUUGCUUCGACCCAUUUCGAUCCGUUGCCUGCCCGGUUCCAAAAAUGCUAAUUUGAUAUCCGGGUGUUCUUCGAGAGGCCGAUUGGUUGUUAGAAUGGGGGUUUCCGAUAGGGAAAGUGUGGUGGAGCUGGCAAGAGUCGAUCGUUUUGCUAUCGGCGAUGUAGUCGAAGACACAGGUGGUGGGGAAGCAGUGACGAUUUUGAGGAGGGAGCGGGCGUCGCCAGACUUCGAAGCCACUCUUAAUCGAUUGAGCAAGUGGCUUGUGGCUGCUCUUUUUGGUCUUGUCAUUCUUUGGAAGCAUGAUGCAGAAGCUUUAUGGGCUGCAAUGGGAUCGGUGAUGAAUGCAUGGUUAUCAACUAUACUAAAGCGGCUAUUGAACCAAGAUAGGCCAUCUGCAUUGAGAUCUGAUCCUGGAAUGCCUUCUUCACAUGCCCAAUCAAUCUUCUAUGCGGGAGUUUUUUCAGUUGCUUCAUAUGGAUCUACAGAAUACCUCAUUCACUGUCCAACUGGGGCGUGGUGCCAGUAUUCAGUUGACAAAUGGGAGGCUGUUUUCUUGUCGUGGAAUGGACUGGGAGAUCCCUAUAAAGCUUGGUCAUGCACCGAAGUCCAUAAUGGAGUCUUUUUAGACGGACAGAAAAAUGAUUAGGGCUGUCAAGAUUUUGUUGGAAAAUUAUCUUUGGAGAAUAGGAUUUUGAUCCCCCCAAGACCUAUCUAUUCUCUAGCCAGGUUGCCCCCAUUUUAAACUCUUCAUAGUUCCUUCUAUUUGGGUGGUCCCAAGACUGAUGACGUUGUUAAGCUUUUAGAUUAUGGCCUUAAGGUUGGAGGGAUGUCCUGGUUGAGCCUUCUAUAAGUGUUAUUACGACUGUCCCUACGAAGAAAGUGGUUAUUAUGAAGCAUUCGAAGCGAUUGAUUCAGACACUUCUCUUUAUGAAUAAUACAUGUAUAAGCAAUCUCGGGGCCAAAGAUGUAGGUGCCCUCGAAUGAUGUUAGUGCUUCUUUGGAAGCUGAGCAAUCCAAGGUCAUUAAGGCUUCGUUUG